AUGGCCAGGCAGUUCGCUCAAUCAGCCAUGAUGCGCUUCCAGUGCUCACAGCUCGUUAUUGAUCGUAUCGAUCCUCUUGUUCAGCCAGGGAUGACGCCGUCAAGUCAUCUUCAUCAGAUUGUUGGCGGAAAUUCCUUCAACGCCAGCAUGAAGGCACUGGAUUAUGAUCCAUCAACGCAGUCUACAUGUACUACCUGCGACUACUCAGAAGACUUCAGCAACUAUUGGACUGCGAAUCUGUACUUCAAAGCAAAGAACGGAACGUUCAAGCGUGUUCCACAAAUGGUGAAUCUGGGGUUGUCAGGCCGUGAAGGAGUCACGGUGUACUAUAUUCCUCCGUAUGAUGGAAAGACAAAAGUCACUGCACCACCAAAGGGUUUCCGUAUGAUUGUCGGCGAUCCUACCCUCCGCUCUAAGACCGGCCAGCAGAAGCAGCUCUGCCAUCGAUGCUUCAGCAACAAGAAGCAGGAUCCAUUUGGAGGCGCUCCAUGCACGGGCGACGACACGUUCGAUCUCCCAAAGAAGCAAUGCGGUGGCGGUAUCCGAACCACCAUCACUUUCCCCACAUGCUGGGACGGAAAGAACACCGAUUCGCCAGACCACAAGUCUCACGUCGCCUACCCAAGUAGCGGAUCUUUUGAAUCUAAUGGUGCAUGCCCAUCAACUCAUCCAGUCAAGCUUCCGCAGAUCAUGUACGAGGUGAUGUGGGAUACGACGGUCUUCAAUGACAAGAGCUUGUGGCCCACCGAUGGCUCCCAACCGUUCGUCUACUCUAUGGGCGACGGCUCUGGAUACGGUCAGCACGGUGAUUACCUCUUUGGCUGGAAGGAGGGUGUGUUACAGAAGGCCCUUGAUGCGCGAUGCAGCGGCAAUGCCUGCAAGACACUCAAGACCCAAACCUCAGCUGCGGCCACGAAGUGCGCAAAGUCACAACAGAUGGUAGAGCCCGUUGAAGGAUGGCUCACAGAGCUUCCCGGAGGCAUGCCGGUGACAUAUAAAUAAGAGCUUCCGACCUUGUCCGCUGGAGUAGUUAUUGCGUGCCCGUUGAGCGUUAAGCGUUGAGCUUUGUAAUGGUGAUUGAUAUCGCUUCGGGGAGAGGCGUCUGGCGCUUCAGGCGCAAGGCUUGUGAUGGAGAAUGAAAUAAGAUCCUGCAAAGAAAUCUCAGUACUCUGUCCUUGAAUGUAAGGUCACUCGUUUGGCUACUGAGUCGACCCAUACCUUAUUCACAAAAAUCCAUUUUCCAGUAGCGACUAAAAUUGUCUUCGCUGCUAGAUACCCAGGUACCUUCCUAAUACAGUAACAGCGAUGAGAUGGUGGAAGAAAGUCAUCUACCUAGAACUGAAGAGAUAAUAACGGUCAUUUACAAAAGCUCAGAGGAGCAUACGCUUUCUAAGAGAUGAACGCUAGAACAAU